AUGGAAAUAAAGGAAUACGAAAAGAAAAUAUUUCCAUGUCCUGUUGAUAAAAAUGGUAUAAACAGUAAUCCCUCUAAAUUUGAUAGUCCAAGUGAUCUUAUUAAACAAAAUAUAAAAUUAAAAGAGAAAGAAAUAAACAUGAGCAAUUUUAAUUUAAAAACAAUAUGUUACAAUAAAGAGAUGUUAAGUAACAGCAUCAACUGUGAUAGGAGUAGCAAUCAAAACGACGGUUCAAAUGAAAAAAUUAGCAUAAAUGAAAUGAACCAUCAUAUGAAAGAAAACACCACUUCACACCGUUCAAACAAUGUAAUUAAUUAUAAAAACGUGUACUAUUAUUUUAAUAGAAAUAAAAUGAAUUGCUCCAACAGCUCUUGUCUGGACGUUAAUAAAAAUGAAGAUAAGAAUGGACAAUGUGAGGACAGUCACAUCCGGCAUAAUGAAUUCUUUUUUGAGGGAAAAGUAAAGGGAGAAAAUAAUCAUGUUGGUGUUCAUAGUACCAAUAGUGGUAGUGGCAAUAAUGAUACCACCAUUACUAGUAAUAGUAGUAGUGGCGGCAAUAAUGGUAGCAGCACUGAUAGAGAUACAAAUUAUACAAGCAAUAAUUCUGCAAUUUUUAUAGGCAAUAGAAAUAGUGAAAAUUUCCUCGAUAUAAAUAUUUGCAUGAACAGUGAAGAAAAAGAAAGCAGAAUGAGUAACAAUUUAAAAGGAAAAUGCUAUAAUAAAAUUAUAAUGAGCAGCAAAAUAGAGAGUCAAAAGGAAAUGACGGAAGUUGGUACUACCAUUAGGGGAGAUAAUAUUGACCCAACUAUGAACUCAAAUAAGAACAAGUUAUACAAUGAAAAAUGGACUAAUAAUAAUGAUAAUGCGAAGAAGUCAUCUUGUAGUUAUAAAGAUAUAUCAUCCUAUCAAAUAAUAGAAAAGGAAAAUAACUUUGGGGGAACACAACGAAUAAAUAAUUGUGAAGUCAAAAAUUGCAGCGUGCAUAAUUGUAGUAAUAGUAGUAGUGUAAACAUUAAUGAAGGUAUUAAUAUCUUUAACAAUUCUGAUGAUAAAACAAAGAAUAAUUCGAGGGAUAUGGAAAAUAGGUACAAUAGUGAGGUAAUCCUUAACACUUACAACACUGAUGACAGUACUACGUACAUGACAAAAAAGGAAAUAUUGAAUGUACAAGAAGGUAUAAAUAGUUUGAUGAUGGGUGAGUGGCAUAUGGGCACAUUAUGUAAGAGUACUAUAAGUGCAAGAGGUAAUGGGACAAAUGUAAAUGCUGAAAUGAAUAAUAGUAAUUUUGAGAAAAAUGAAUUUAACAAGCGUAUUUUGGAAAAACGUACUAAUGAUAGUUAUCCCUUUACUAAUGAAAAGUCUUUUAAGAGAAAAAAUAUGAUUAACACAAAUUCGAAAAAUAUAAAAGCAAUUGAGAAUAGUUGUGCUUAUAUCAAAAAGAAUACAUAUUUGAGAAAAAAUAAUUAUGAUGUUAUAUGUGAAGAAAAAAAAAUAGCAGACUUCAAUUUUUUUGAGAAUAAAAAUACAAAUAAAAUUUUAAAAACGAAAAGUGAAUAUAUGAACAGGAAUUACGUAUGUUCUGAUGGCACUAUAAUAAAAGAUGCUAAUGAAAAGACAAAUAAAAAUAAGUUAAACGAUUUUAAUGAAAAAAACGUUAACCUGUUAAGAAAAGCCCAGAAAGGCACUACUACUGAUAAUGUUGAACGUGAGUCAACCGAAGAGUACAAUUCGAAUAAUUUAUGUGCAAAUCACAUUUCUUUAGCUUCAAAAACUUCGCAAACUAGCAUUAAUAAUAUUUAUGAAUUGGAAGUACAAAAUGCGGAGAUGGCCGAAUAUUCCAAAUUAGAGAAUUCAAAAGGGGAUAACAGAAAUGAAAAUAAGACUACAUUUGAAUUAAAAAAUAUUGUAAAGUCGUUGGAAAUGGUUAAAAAUAAAGGAACAAAUGAAAUACCUGAACAAGUAGGGUCUUCCAUACACAAAAUUAAUAUUGGAAAUAAUGAAAUAAAAAAUUUAGCACACAUUAAUUUCGAAGAAUGCACCUCAUUAUUAUCACAGGAUAGCAUGAAGAUUAAGGAGGGGCUUCUUAUAUGUAAUGAGAAUAGAGGAAUUAAUGAUACAGGGAAAGGGAGCUUACAAAAUGCUAUCCUAGUAGCACGCGGAUCGGCAACUGAGGAUGGUGAGACGUUGCAAGGUAAAAAAAUGGGUAUUAUGAAAGUACUAAAAAAUAAGGACGUCACUGAUAAAGAUAAGAAGAGGUCGAAAAAAGGAGAAGCAGAAUGUGCUAAAGAGGUAAGAGAACAGUUAAUUAAUCUUACAACGGAUGGUUGCUUUUCACCAAAAUAUGCUCUUUUGACUAGCCCAAAAAAGAGGAAAAGUGAAAAAAGCAUAAACGAGAAGGGCUUAAGUGAAAAGUGCAUAUGUAAAAAAUACGUAAGUAAAAAAUGCGUAAGUAAAAAAUGCGCAAGUGAAAAAUGCAUAAAUGAGAACAAAGAGACAAGAAAGAGCUGGAUAGAUGCAAAUAUAAAAUUUUCGGACAAAGAUACAAUAAACCAGAAUAGGUUAGAUUCUAUUUGUGAUAAAAAAGGCUCAAAGGAGAACACAGUUAACGGUUAUGUUAUAGAUAAGAACAAUUAUGUUCAUAGUGGGAGGUUAAAUAAUCAAAUUAGUAGCAUACAUGAGGAAAGUAACAAUAACCUUUUUCCAAAAGAAAAAAUGAAUAAAAAUAUGAACAGUUCAGGUGUUUUGUUAUAUGAUAAGGUGCGUUAUAUAUAUACAAAUGAGAGUGACCAAAUAGACCGCAAAAAAAUAAUUAUGCAAUCAGAUACAGUUUUAUUAAAUGAGGAUAAGAAUAAUUCUUCAGUAGGAAGUUUCAUAAAUGAUACAAGAAAAGCAGUGAGUUCAAGUCAAUCAAAUAAUUUUAACAUCUUAAGUAAUAAUUAUGCAUUAUACCAAAAUGGUAGUGAAGAAUGUGUAAAACGUAAGAAUAGUGAGAAGAAUUCCUUAACAGGUGAAGUAAAUAAAGAUGUUUUAGAUUUUAGUAAAGAAUGCAUAAAUGGAACAAAUUACGAAAACUGCAAAAAUGCAGAUGAUUAUAAUUCCCCUAAUUAUAGGAAAAAGAAAAAAAGAACAGGCAUACCUUUAAAUGAAAGAAAAUAUUAUCGUGUUUUAGCAAAACAAAUGAUAAAGAUACAAGGACUAACAUUCGAUCACAAUCAAAUCAGAUGGAUUGCUUACUGGAAAAACGAGAAUAACAAACAAAUACAAAAACAUUUCCCAGUAUGUAAAUAUGGUUUCUAUAAAGCUAGACAGUUAGCUCUUGAAUUUCGAAACUCUAAAGUUAGAAAUAAGACUAACGGUGUGGAGAAUUGUAUGAAGGGGGAUGCUAAUAGGCAGAACAGUCAUAAGGACAAUAACAAUAAAGAAGUUACCAGUAAAAAGAGUUGUGGUAAGGACAGUUGUAGUAAGAGGAGUAAUGGUAAAGAAAUUUGUACUAAGAAAAGUAACUCCAAAGAAAAUAAUAAUAGUUGUAAAAAGAGAAAUACGACAACCUUAAAUACUUUGAGCAACUAUACUAGUGCUAAUUCUACUUCACAUGCUCGCAGUAAAAUUAGAGGUAAAUGCAUUAACAGUAAAAGAAAUACUAGCGAUAGAUGGAAGCAUAACAGUACGAAUGUUAUUAAUGGUGGUAAUAAUGACAGGAGCAGUGGAAAUAGUAAUGAUGACAGGGAAAAAUGCAAAUAUAGUGGCACUCUCCCUAAAAAGAUAAGCAAUCAACAAAAUGGAAAUACAAAUUUCUUAAAUAAUAGAAUAGGUCUAAGAGGUGCAAAUUGUUAUGGUGGAUAUAAUUCCACAGAAAAGUUGUUAUGCAAUGGAAAAACCCUUGAUAUAAAUUACAGAAAUAAUAUGAAUAAUGCAAAUAAUAUGCAUUGUAACGGGAAAGCACAAACUAAUAAUAUUUCCCUACAUCAAAAUCAGAAUAUUUUUUCUAAUUUUAAAAAUAACUACAAUUCAAGAAAAUUCAAUGAUUCCCUUGGUUUUAUCCCCAACAACAUGGAUGGCCCUUUACAUAGGACAGGUGAGAUAAACAAUUUAUAUGAGGUAGAAGUUUCAAAUAAUUAUGGAGAAAAUUGCUUUAAAAUGAGAGACAAUCAUAUCAAAAAUUAUAAUAUUAACAAUGCUAAUAUAAAUACUAGUAUGAACAAUUCAGGUAAAAUAUAUACUAAUGAAUUUGUAAAUUCUAAUUUUUUUUUUGAUAGUGAUAGGAAUAUAAAUACACGCAAAUUCGGUGACACAUGGACUAAUGGGGAUCUACAUGCUCCUAGGGGUGGCGAAAAACUGAACAGCCUGAAUCGCAUGAACCACAUGAACAACAUGCACCUCAUGAACAACAUGAACCUCAUGAACAACAUGAACCACAUGAACAACAUGGACAACAUGAACCACAUGAACAUGAACAACAUGAACAUGAACAACAUGAACAUGAACAACAUGAACAUGAACAACAUGAACAACAUGAACCACAUGAACAACAUGAACCACAUGAACAACAUGAACCACAUGAACAACAUGAACAACAUGAACCACAUGAACAACAUGAAUCACAUGAACAACAUGAAUCACAUGAACAACAUGAAUCACAUGAACAACAUGAACCACAUGAACAACAACAUUAAUAAUAAAAAUGAGGUAUAUGAUGUAAACUUCUUAAUGAAUGGUGGAAAAUGUCAGAAUAAUAUUUCCGACGUUGGCGACACGUGCAACGCGGAUUAUAUUGGAAACAGUAGUAGUAAUGACGUGCCUUCCGGUAGAAGCCCUCAUCAUGGGCAUUACAGAAGAAAGACAAGUAACAGGAACAAUCUCUAUAGUGAUAAAAUUUUAAAUGAUAACAAAAACUUCAGCGAAGUGGGUCCAGCAUAUGAUGAAUAUUCCAGUAGGACAUUUGAAGGAGUUGAAGAUGAAGACAUUUCAAAUAAGUGUAACUAUGUACAACAUUAUAGCUGUAGUUAUGUUAACAAUUCAAAUGAUAGGAACAUAAAAAGUGAUAUUAACAGAAUGGAUAUUAUGGAGGAAAAUAGGCAUGAAAUUGACAGUAUAAGGGGAUUAUAUAGUUCGAAUUUGAGAUCUAGUUUUAAUGGCACGAAUAAAUAUGUAGAUGAAUACACUCGCCCUUAUCACGUGCUUGAGGACAGGGGAAUAAAUAACAAUAAUAAUAAUUAUACGAAUAACAGCAACAGUAAUUAUAGUAGUAACAUCAACAGUUGUUAUAGUAAUAACAUCAACAGUAGUUAUAGUAAUAACAUCAACAGUUGUUAUAGUAAUAACAUCAACAGUUGUUAUAGUAAUAACAUCAACAAUAAUUAUAGUAACAGUAGUAGUUACCUGGAAAAUGGGGGAAAUGUAGCAAUAAAUAAAUAUAUUAAAGAUAUUGUUAGAAUCCCAAAUGAAAGCCUUCCAAAUAUUAGUGACAUAAAAAACAAUUCACAAACUACGAGAAUGAACUGUCUAGAAGAGGAUAAUAUUAUCGGAAACAAUAGUAGUAAUAAUAAUGGCAGAACAAGCAACAACAAUAGGAGCAGGAGUAACAACAAAGGGAACAGGAGUAACAACAAAGGGAACAGGAGUAACAAUAAAAGAAACAGGAGUAACAAUAACAGAAACAGGAGUAACAAUAACAGAAACAGGAGUAAUAACAGCAGGAGCAGAAGUAAAAAGAAUAACAACACAAGUAACAUCAGUAACAGUAUCUACAGCAACAACAGCAACAACAGCAACAAGUCUAACUCACCGGGAAAGGACAAUGAAUUCCUUAGUAACGAAAACAUAGAAUUAAAUGUAUUUAAAAACGACAGAAGUGAAAAAGAUUCUUAUGCGUUAACUAGAGCUUCAACGGCUACCCAUUUUUCUGAACAUUUUAAUAGUUUAAUAAAAACGAACAAAAAUGUGUAUUUUGAAAAUGAUCAAAUAAAAAAUUACUCAAAUAAAGACGAAUUUUCAACAAGAGAAAGAAUAACGAACACAGAUGAGGAGAGUGAUCAUAAACUUGUACAUAAAAGCAGUACGAAUAUGAUAAGAAGUCAAGAAACAAGCAACAAAAAAGAAGUAAACAUAGGUGGAAAAAGUAGAAAUAUAUAUCAAAAAAUGAAUGAUAUUGCUUCAUUUGAAAAGGAUAAAAAAAGUGCAUAUUGCCCCCAAGGCAAGAUAACUGCGAAGAGCGCAAUAUUAAAAACAAGGUGCCCAUAUUUAGAAAAAGCGAAGAAUACAAUGAACUACUUUUUCAGUUCAGUUAAAAAUAAGGAAGAAGGCACAGUUGUAAGCAAUUCCAUUUGCACAAAUCAAAAUGGCAAGAAGUGGGAUAAUAAUAUCUCUACCACCAAAGGAGAGUACAUGAACAUGAAUAAUAAUUACGCUGUUCCUUUUGACUGCAACAAUAUAUACUACUAUAAGUUUCUUGAUAAUACACCAGGGGGUUAUAGCUGCAGUGAUGAGAUAAAAGGAUGCAAUAUUACAAGUAAAAACAGGUCUUUGUUGACGGACAUUAGAACAGGUAUUAGCAAAACUAAUACUAAUAAUACGAAGAAAAAAGAGCGAAAAUGUGAAAUAUAUAAGGAUACGGAUGAUCGCAGUAGUGUAGUGAGCGGAGUCAUGUACAAUAUAGAAGGAAUAGACGACAUUAAUUAUGAUUUAAAAAAUGAAGCAAGUAUAAAUAAAAACAAAAGCCCGUAUAGAAGCACAAAUAAAAGUUUAAAUAAAAGAACAAAUAAAAGUAUGGAUAAAAGCACCAAUCAAAAUAAAAAAAAAAGAAAGUACUUAAUAAAUACACCCCAAAGUAAUAGUGACCUAAAAUAUAGCGAAGGAAAAAAAUUGGCAAAAGUAUGUGUUGACGAAAAGAUGAAUAAUGAUAUUCAAAAUGGAAAGACAACUAAUUCUAAUUGCGGGAAUUGUAGCAGUAAUAAUGAUAACAAUAAUAGUAAUACCUUGGAUGUACUAUUUUUACGUAAGGGUGACGAUCCUUCUAAUGGUAGUACAGGUAUACAAUUUUCUAAUAAUACAUGUGUAAAAAAGUUAAUUAACAAACAAAAAAGAGUAGAAAAAUAUUCCUAUAAGUUCAAAAAUUUUAAUAAGAAAAAUUCGAAUGAAGAUAAUAAUAUAAAUUAUUAUAAUGAAGUAAUGAAAAUACCUAAGAUGAAAGGUGUUCAUUUUGAUAUAAGACAAAAAAGAUGGUGUGCAUAUGGAUAUAAAAAAAAAGAGUGCUUCUCAGUUUAUAGAUAUGGCUUCUUAACAGCGAGAGAAUUAGCUGUGAGGAGUAGAUUAAAAGUACAAAAAAGGAAAAAUAAUUUAAGGCUAAAAAAGAGUAAAGGGGAAAUGAAUAAUAAUGCAGAUAACAAGAAAUACAAAGCACCAGUUAAGAAGUAUUUAAGGGGGGAGAGGAUGCCAUCGACGGUUAAUUGUGAGAACGUGUCACCUAUCUGUUUCUCGCGCUCCAAGGGUCAUACAUCUAACAGUAAUAACAAUAUGAAUGAAAAUAACAAUAACAAUAAUAAUAAUGAAAAUAACAAUAACAAUAAUAAUAGUGAAAAUAACAAUAACAAUAAUAAUAGUGAAAAUAACAAUAACAAUAAUAAUAGUGAAAAUAAUAAUAACAAUAAUAAUAGUGAAAAUAAUAAUAACAAUAAUAAUAGUGAAAAUAAUAAUAACAGUAAAAAUAAAAUUGUAAGUUUGAUUUAUAAAAAUGGGGGGAAUGUAGAAGGAAUAUCAACAGGUGAUAUUGCUCCAUAUGGAAAUGAUAAAAUAAAUAAUUAUAUAUUUACGAAAAAUGAAUAUUGUAAAAAUUUUGGUAUUAUUAAUACGGAUCUUGAUGAAUAUCACAGUAGAAACACAAUAGACAUCUCAUUGUCGAAGACAAGUGAUAUAAACAAUGGCAAUAGUAAUUUAAAUAAUAUUUAUAAUUCUUUUAAUUACGUCGAUUCAAACAAUAACACAAAUAGUAAUGUAAACUAUAAUUAUAUGAAAACGUCUAAUGAGGCUAGUGCAUUGGAGAAUACUGCCAAUAUAGUCAAUGGGAAAAAUAGCAUAUAUUUUAAUAGUUUAAAUUGUGCAUAUUACCCUAACAAUAUUAGUGGAUUUGACAGCACACAUAACUUCAACGGGGAAUACAAUUUUUCCGGGUUUAACAGUGGAAGAAAUAUUAAUGAGGAAAUAGUGGUUAGUAAUGUUCACAAUGUAUACAAAGUUAAUAGAUCAAAGGAUAAAAUUAGAAUGAACAGUAAGAUGAACAACCAGGUGAACAACACGAUAGGAAAUCAGGUGCCAGAUGUGAUAGGAUACCAGAUGAGCGAUGCAACAGGAUACCAGAUGAGCGAUGCAACAGGAUACCAGAGUCACAACCAGAUGAACAAAAGCCACUUCAACGGAGCAUGGGAUACAGGGAAGAACUGUGGUUUACCAUACCCUAUGGAAGACGAGGGGAAAAACGCUUUUAUUAACAGAAAUAUCUUUGAUAAGAAUGUGUUAAAAGAAUCAUUUCGUGAGCAGUAUUUGUUUGACAGGAGCACAAGUUUUUACAACUUCACAAGGUUUAAUAAAUUGAUUAAAGGGAAUAAUUUGCCAAGUUUAAAUGGUAAAGGCAUAGCUGCAAAUGUUAGGAAUAGAGAAGAGCAUAAGGGGGUUAACUAUAAUGAGACAACUGAGGGAAAGCAUGAUUACAGCCUUGAUCUUGAUGAUAAUACGAAACAGAAAAAAAGAAAAAUUUCAAGAAAGAAUAUUAUCAAAUCGAAUGUAACUCUUCCUAAGGAUAGUAAUAUAACUUUCUCAGCAAAAAUGAAUGGUAACUAUUUAAAUAAAGAGGCUUAUAUAAAUGACAUUGUAAAUGUUCAUGGUAAAUUUGUUUAUGAUAAGAAUGAGGUAAAAAAUUUAAACAUUGUGGACAGUGAUAAGUAUACAAAGGAAAACAUGUUAAAUAAUGGAAGAGACCAAUGUAUGCAAAUGAACUGUGAAUGGAAUUUAUGCCUUAAUUAUAAAAGGAAUGACGUAUCAAAUAAAAAAGAUAAAAGUAAUUAUGAGAAUGUAAGAAGUUGCAUGAAUAUCUGUUCGAAUAGUAGGAAUAAUUUAUCUUUUUUUUUAGAAAAAAAUAAUUUUUUAAUAAAUUAUAACAAUGGUGGAAGAGGUGAAUGGAUAAGUGGAAAAUGUGGAGAACUAAAAAUGAACAACGUUCGAGGGGUAGAUGAUGUCCACUGUGUGACAAAUGUUGAAAAUGUGAACAAGUCAGGUCAAAAUUCAAUUUCUACCGCAAAUAACGGGAAAUGCUUAAAUAGAACUAAUUGGGGGAAUAAAAAACAAAAUGAAGAGCUCGAUGAUACCAUAGAUAAUAUCAUCGUUGAUAGCAACAUCAUUGGUAGUAGCGUCGUUGAUAGCAGCAUCGUUGAUAGCAGCAUCGUUGAUAGCAGCAUCGUUGAUAGAAGUACCAUUGAUAUAAGCAUCAAGGAUAAUAGAAGCAUGUCAAACAAAGAUAAAAUAUAUGAAAACAAUAAUUUAAAGCAUACAGAAAUGUAUGAGAAAGAGUUGGUGCACCAUUAUGUAAACACAAAGAAAGAAGAACAUUCCUUUCAGUGGAUGAACAGUGAUUUUAGGUGUGAUAGUCAUAAAGAUAACAAAAAUAACACUAAUAAUAAUUGUAAUGAUAAUAAUAUCGAUAAAAAUAAUAACGUCGAUAAUAGUAGUAAUAACGCUAAUAAUAAUGAUAUUGAUAAUAAUGAUAAUAAUAAUAGUAAUAAUAGUAAUAAUAGUAAUAAUAGUAAUAAUAGUAAUAAUAGUAAUAAUAAUAAUAAUAAUAAUAGUAAUAGUAAUAAUAGUAAUAAUAAUAAUAGUAAUAGUAAUAAUAGUAAUAAUAGUAAUAAUAAUAAUAAUAAUAAUAAUAAUAGUAAUAAUGGCAAUGCUUCUAACCAUAUGAAGGGUAACCAUAGCGGAGUUAUAAAGGGGGCACACGAAAGCAAAAACUUGUCUAACGAUUUUCUGGUAGAAGAUAAAUAUGCGAAAAAAAAAUGGAUUGAAGAAAUAAAUCCAAAUUACAUCAAUAAUAAUUUUGCCCAUGACCAUGUUGAUAUUUUUAAUGUAAAUACUAAUAAUUUUUUCGCAAAAAGUAAGGAAGAAGACUGUGAGAAGAAGCAGGAAGACAAUGAAUUUUCUUCCUUUUCAAAUUAUGAAAAGCGUCACUUAAAUUUACUUGAUUUAACUGAAAAAAGAUUAAUGGAAAGAAGUUUUAAUCCAGAUGAAGAUAAAAUUUUACAUAAAAUAUGCGGUGAUAAUAUAACGGUUGGACAAAUAAGUGAAGAUGAAGGAAAUAAAUGGAGUAACAGUAGUGUAGUUAAUGGUUCCUCUAAUGAGCAGCUGUUAAAAAUUACAAGUUUGAAUGUUGAACAGUUAAGCAUAUUUCCUCAAAAUGUACGAAGCGAUAGUAAUGAUGAUAAUGAUGAUGGUAAUAAUACCGAUGGAGCGUACUUAAAUGAACACUUGUCCCCACACAGCACACUUCACUCAUCAGUGGACAGCAUAAAUAGAAAGGUAUGUAGAGACAAUAGAAAAAAUAAUUCUUUAAAUGGAACACAAAAAAUGCAUCAUAAGAAGACUUAUGUAAGAAGUAACAAUAUAACAGAUGGUAAUAAAUUUUUACGAACAAUGAAGUAUGAAGAAAGGAGAAAAGACAGCAGAAGAGGUGUUCUUGGUAAUCCCAAUUUUUAUUUACUGGAUAUGGAACAAGUAAAGUGUAAUGAGAAAAAAGACUAUUUAAAUGAAAAGGUAAGUCAAACAUAUGAUUCGUUAAAUAUCCGUUGUAUUGAUAAUGCAGAUGAUGUGAAGCAACUUAUUGAUGGGAGAAGAAUGAACAUUUCAGAUAAAAUCAUUAAUAACGAACAGAGAACAAAAGAUGUAAGCAAUUUUUAUGGUAAAGCCUCUACCAUGUCUACAGUUAACGACGAUUUGUGGAUAUGUUACGUGGACAUAGAUGAAAAUAAUAACAGCACAUUGAUUAGAAGUAACAGCCUUGAUAAGAAAGAGAGUGCCCAAUUAAAGUGCUCAAGGAAGUGCGAAAAUUUUAAAACAGAUUUACUAUAUAAAGAAAGAAUAAACGGGGAUUGUAAAAAGGGAAGGGGUAUAUGUACUAAUGACAUUCAGAAAAACUUCCUCAGUCAAGAGCCUGUGGAUGUUCCUAUGUACUACGAUAAUUACACAAAUAGGGAAAACGAAUUCGUAUCUAAUAAUAACCUUAACAUAUAUAAUUGUGAGGUUAUGGAACAGUGUAUAAAUAAUUUAAGUGAUAAAAACAGUUAUAUAUUAAAUAAGAAUAAAAGGAACAGCACUUUUUUGAUUGAUAAUGAAGCUUUAAAUAAUUUAAAAUGUAAAAAUGGUGAAUCUUACGAACCAUUAAAUUUGUUCAGUGAUAUUUAUGAAGAUCGAAAUAAAUAUAAUGAAAAGAAGUACAAUUCUCCCUUUAUCUUAAAUAAAAAUUAUAGUACAAAUAAUGGUAAUAAUUAUUAUGAACAAAAUAAUUCUAUAAUAUAUGGAACUCCAUACAUUUUUGGAGAGAAUACCAUGGAUGGACGAUCUAACGUGUGUAAUCUGAUAAAGAAACAAACGAAAGAAUCGUUUGAAAUUUAUACUUACAAAAACCCAGGAAGAGGACAGAUAGAUGAAAGUUUUGAGAAUAAGUUAAAUAAUCAUAGUAACAAAUAUGCGAAUACAGAAAAGAUCUGUCAUUUUAAGUGUCCAUACAAAGGCCAAAAAAGGGAGAAUUGUGAAGGGGCAAGAAGAAGGGAAUAUUCUGAAGGGGAACAAAAAGGGGAAAAUUUUGAAGAGGAAAAAAAAGAUAAAAAUUUUGAAGGGGCAAAAAAAGGGGAAUAUUUUGAAGAGGCACAAAAUUGUUCAAAUAAUGAGGAGGAAAAAAAUGAUGCAAAUAUAAAUAAGAAAAAAUAUCCUGUUUUAAGUAAUACAGUGUUGAGGUGCUUAACACCAAGAUGCAACACAAAUGAAGUAAGGGGGAGAUAUAUUAUGGAUGAUGCAAAAAAGAACAGUGUGAGUGAAUAUAUGAACUAUAAUUUAAUUGCAAAUUAUAAAUUAUAUGAUAAAGAUAAUAAACAAAGGAACUACAUAACGCCUACAAACGAUCUGAAAAAUUGUAUAAAUGAUGUGUAUCAUGGUAAUGAAUAUUUUCAUAAAAAUUAUCCUGAAGAAGAAAAAUGGAUGCUCAACGGAGAUAUAUUUUUGAAUAACGAAUAUUUUGAGGAAAGUAAUAAUUCUGAUAUAGAUACGAAAGAGGGAAAAAAAGAGAACAGAACUUUUUUAGAUGAAUAUGCAGAUAUUAAUAAAAAAGAAAGAAGACAGAGUAAAUUAAACAUUUAUAAAAAUUAUAAUAAAAAAGGAGCUAUAUUAAAAAAUGUAAAUACAUUAAAAAAGUUUAGUAAUAAAUUUCUUCAGAGAUUGUUAGAAGUAGACGUACUAUAUGAUAGCAAUUCGAAUAAGAAGUUUUUGCAAAAUGAUGAAUUGGUUGAUAACUAUUACUUAACUAUUUUUAAAAGUAUAAAUACUAACGAGUUUUUACAUUUUAAUUAUAAUUGUAAUAAUAAUAGUAAUAAUUUUGGUGAAAAGGGCUUUUUCAUGGAGUCAUAUUUUGAAUAUAUUUGCCUUACGUUACAUGACUUAAACGUGAAUAACUCAAAAGAUAUAAACAAGACAAUUAAUUUCAGAAAACUAAUAUACAAAUAUUUAAUAAUAGACUUAUUUAAAAAUAAAAAUACUCUUUUUUUUUCAAGUGAUGUGAAUAAGGAUUUAAAUUUUAAGGGCACUACGCAUGACCCUUCUGUAAAUCCACUAAUUCGAAACAAGUUAAGAAAAAAUAUAAGUUUAUUGAAAGAGGUUGAAAAAUAUCACAUAGAUGUUAUAAAUAACAUAUAUGAUGUAAAGUCUAUACAGCUAUACAUCGAUGUAUUCGUGACAUGUUUACUUAAAAAUGUUACAUCAAGUAAGUUGUCCUACGAUGAACAUGAUAUGCUAAUUAAGUCUUUGUUACUGUUUUAUUUUGACAGCAAAUAA